UCAUGCAUGGUGCUCUAAGCCUGCCAAGGUUGCUGGGGGCUUCAGCUUUCACAGUUUUCUAGGUGGCAUCAGGGAGGAUGGAUGUACCCAACAAUGGUUACCGCCAGUACCUGGUGUCUCGAUCGGUGUAUUCAGAACCAGCUUUCCAGGAAGAGAAUGAGAAGAAAGAAAUUAUUCAGAAAACGGUCCAGGAAAGGCUCCGGAAAAGCUGCAGCUGUACAUCUAGACAGGCUCUUCAGAGACUAAAGUCAUUAUUCCCAAUCCUUGACUGGUUGCCCAAGUAUCGAUGGAAAGAAUGGUUUGUACAUGACCUGAUCUCGGGAGUAAGCACAGGGCUUGUUGGCACUUUGCAAGGUCUGGCCUUUGCAUUGCUUGCCGCUGUCCCUGUUGGAUAUGGACUGUAUUCAUCUUUCUUUCCUAUCCUGACCUAUUUCUUCCUGGGAACAUCCCGGCACAUUUCUGUUGGACCAUUUCCAGUGGUUAGUUUAAUGGUGGGAACCGUUGUUCUGUCUAUGGCACCAGAUGAAAAGUUUAUGAUGUUAAGCAACUCCACUGGAUUGAAUAAAACUGUGAUAGACACAGUAGCCAGAGACGCAGCCAGAGUCCUUGUUUCCGGAACGCUCAGCUUCCUAAUCGGAAUUAUACAGCUUGCACUGGGUGUUCUUCAAAUUGGCUUCAUUGUCAGGUACCUAGCAGAUCCACUAGUCGGAGGAUUCACAACAGCCGCAGCUUUCCAAGUGUUUGUUUCACAAGUAAAACUGGUUCUCAAUGUCCCGACGAAAAAUUACAAUGGAGUGCUUUCUAUUAUAUAUACAAUUAUCGAUAUUUUUGCCAACAUUUGGAAAACCAAUAUUGCUGACCUCAUUGCUGGGCUCUUGACUUUCAUUGUGUGUGUGGUGGUCAAAGAAAUGAAUGACCGAUACAAACACAUCCUUCGAGUACCGAUUCCCAUAGAAGUCCUUGUGACAAUAGUAGCGACGGGGAUUUCCUAUGGAGUAAAUCUGGAAAAAAAAUACAAUGCGGGGAUUGUAAAAACUAUUCCCAGCGGGUUCAUUCCACCCAUGACACCAGAUGUCAGCAUGUUUGCUGAGAUGAUCGGUUCAGCCUUUUCUGUAGGAAUAGUGGCAUAUGCUGUAGCCGUGUCUGUUGGAAAAGUGUAUGCCACCAAACAUAACUAUUCAAUUGACGGAAAUCAGGAAUUCAUUGCAUUUGGGAUAAGUAACCUAUUCAGCGGCGCUUUCUCCUGCUUUUGUGCCACAACAGCUCUCUCCCGUACUGCUGUUCAGGAAAGUACUGGAGGAAAAACCCAGAUUGCAGGCCUGAUCUCGGCUUUUAUAGUGUUGAUUGCUAUAGUAGCACUCGGAAGACUCCUCGAACCCUUACAAAAGUCAGUGCUGGCAGCCAUUGUUAUUGCCAAUCUGAAGGGAAUGUUCUGGCAAGUAUUAGACGUUCCUCGCUUGUGGAGACAGAACAAGUGGGACUCAGUGAUCUGGGUGUUCACAUGUAUUGCAGCCAUUCUUCUGGGGCUGGAUUUAGGAUUGCUUGCUGGCCUUGUCUUUGGAUUACUGACUGUCGUUCUUCGUGUUCAGUUCCCCACGUGUGGUUCUCUUGGAAAUGUCCCCGGUACAGACAUUUACAAGGAUGUCAAGAAGUACAAAAAUCUUAUUGAGUCGGAUGGAGUUAAAAUUGUUCGAUUUACUAGUGGUAUCUUCUAUGGGAAUAUAGAUGGUCUUAAAAACGGCAUUAAAAAAAUUACUGGGUUUGACGCAGUCAGAGUUUUUAACAAGAGGACCAAAGCACUCAGGAAAAUAAAUAAACUUAUUAAGAAAGGACAACUAAGAGCAACAAAGAAUGGAAUUAUCAGUGAUGCGGGUACAGAUAAUGAAGCCUUUGAGCCAGAUGAUGAUCCAGAAGACCAAGAAGGACCAGAGAACUCAGAAGUGCAAAUCAAGGAAGUGGAAAUCCAAGUGGACUGGAAUUCAGAUUUGCCUGUUAAAGUAUCUGUCCCAAAAGUCUCUAUACACAGCAUUAUUUUUGAUUUUGGACAAAUAACGUUCCUUGAUGUGGUUGGAGUGAGAUCACUUAAAGUGAUAUUUAAAGAAUUCAAGAGGAUUGAUGUGGAUGUCUACAUAGCUGCAUGCGAGGAUCAAGUUUACAAAAAGCUGGAAGACUGUCUGUUUUUUGAUGACGCCAUCAAACCUGACAUAUGCUUCUUGACUGUUCAUGAUGCUGUGCUGUAUAUAGAGAACCAGAGGAAGUUCAGCGAUGGCAGUGAUCCUUUACUGGAGAAGAUUUCAUUGAUGCAAGAAUCUAAAGAACCUUUCGAAUACACAGAAGAAGUGGAACCCACAGAUCAGGAACUGGAUGCUCAGGAAGCGGCACUCCGAAGACUGGCAUCAUGAAGAACUGCAAUUUCAUCUUGUCAAUAUUUCCUUCAAUAACCAGACCCUUUUUUAGUUUCAUGCUAUUUUGUACACAUUUUCAAUAAAAACUGCUCACUCCCAGGAAGCUGGAUUUACAUGUGUGCUGGGAACACAGAAUAGAUAUGUGAGUGCCACUGCAUGUAGCUAGUUCACAGCAGUGAAAGACUGAGAAUACUGUGAAGUCCCAAAAUAUUAACACAUGAAAAGAGAACAAACUCUACAAUCUAGAAAAAAAAGGAUUUACCUGAAACUAUUUCCACAUCAAAGGAAGGUAGAACACUUUGCAUAUCAUAUACCUAACAUACUAUUGAACACUGCUUUUAUUCUACAGCUAUAAAUACCUCUUGAGCAUAUGUAAAAUUGAUCAAUGACAUUUACAUGGAACAAGUAGUUAGAACUGAUAUACUACUGAGAUUUACAGUAGUGUUAAAGAUCCCUAAUAUUGUAUUUUCUGCAUUACUAUACUACAUUCACACAGUUAAACAUCCGGGUUUAACUGCUGGUCUAUAACUCUGUGUACAAAGACACGUAUAAAAAAUCAUUUUCCUACCAAUACUAUCAACUAGUGGUUAAGUUGUGUUUUCCUAUAUAUUAAAUGAAAUGAUUAAAUCAAUACUUAAAGCUUUAAUGAUGAAUACACAUACAUACAAGAAUAUAUCCAAUUAAUGUAGUGGUGACUUGUAAAAUCAUUCUAAAUAGUACUAAGUAUCUAUAUUAAUUGUCUUCAAGUUGGCUUAGAACAGAGCAUUUUAUUCCUUUGGAAACCAAUUAUUUUGUCUGUAUUUACCAAACAAAGUUCAAAAGGACUCAACCCAUUAUCAUUGUACUGAGAGGAUGUAGCCAAGCGCUAAUCUGACAAUGCACUUUGUUAAAAUAAAGGAGAAGAAGCUAGGUCCAAAAGCUCUGCCGAUAAGUAUUUUUAAUAAAAAACUAAAAACACAUGGGAUAUACUAUGCCAAUUCAGUGCUUGAUGUUGGUUAUGAAAAAAAACAUCUGUGCCUAAACUUUAGUUAAAUAGCAGAACUUCGGGCUCAUUGUUUCCUUUCAUUGUUUAUAACAAAUGUCAUCUAAUAAUGUUGCACAUAUUUUGAAGGAUGUACAUUCUAAUGAGCAAAUAUUUCAUAUAUUUUUCUUUAUAUUCUGUGUCAAUAUACUGUAUAUUUACAUGUGUGACAUGUCCUGUUUUUGUUUUAUUUAUUAAGGAGAUAUAGUAAGGUAUGUCAAGAAUUUAGAAACAGUGCCUGAUUUCUCAUCUGUUACUGUAUGGUGUUACUGAUUGUAUGUAAGGGGAUGGUGUUACAGAGUGUGUGUGUGGCGUUAGCAUGAGGUGUUUUAAAUCCCAUGUGUGUUAGUGUCUACUGAUAGAGAGUGUAAGUGUUGGAUUAUGAUGUUAGAGAGCGUUUGUGUUAGCAUAUGGUGUUAGAGUGAGAAUGUGUGUUAGAAUGUGAUUGUGUACAAGUUAAAUAGGGGACAGGUCUGGUGGGGUCACCAAGGAAAUCCUGCACCCAGGAGCCACCAACUCUAGGCUCACCCUGCAAACACUGAUAUGUGGCUUUCAAUGCUCACUACAAGAUCACUAAUACAGACAUUCAAUAACAUUGGGUCUAUAAUUUUAAAAAACGUGAGGUACUCAAUUUACUAUUUUUGUCCAGUUGGAGAAUUUUCCAUUAACAAAAACUGUCUGAACUGUAUCUUUAAACCAGCUUUUAAUAGAGGUGCCAGCAAAAUUACCUAGGCCUAUCUCAUUUUAUCUGUACAGUAACCUUUUAUGUGGAAGUGUUUCAAAUGUUUUUUGCAAAAUCAAAAUAAAUCACACCGACUGAAAUAUGCUGA